UAUGCAAUCUCGUGGGAGUUUUUCUGUACUCCCACAGCACCUUUGUUUGUGUUGUUGUUGGCAGGGUCACUGUCUCUGCCUUCUUCCACCGCAUCAGUACUCUUCGUCCCAUCAUUCACACCCUUUCUCUCUCCAUUCACAGUAAAAAAAAUGCAAAUUUCCUCACCCCCUUCCAAAACUUGAAACUUUUGUUGGAACUUUGCAUUGAUGGGGUUAAAGAAAAUGCUCACCUAAUCCUGUUUCACAAUUCUUUAACCCCAAGUUCCAUUUUUUUUUUUUUUAUCUUAUAUCCUUCUUUUAUAUGUGUACUCCCAACUUUCCAAAAUUUGAGGCAUUUCAUGUUUUCUGUCUCAAGCUCUGAGAAAACAUUAUUGUUGUUGUUGUGCUGUUUCUUUGUUUUGGUCUCUUGUCGGUCAAAAAAUGGCCACCUUGCAGAUGUCCAAUGUUGAUUUGGAGCAAGGAAACCAUUGCCGUUCGCUUGUCGGAAGUGAUGUGAGCGUUGAAGGGAGCUUGUGCUUCUCUGAUGCUGAUGAUGGUUCUUGCUACUCUCGUUUCUACUCAACAAAUGGUGGUUCAUAUGAUGAUUACAGCUUUGCUUGCGUUUCUGACCCUGAGGCUGGGGGUGUUACUCAUUCUGGGAGAGCUUCUUCUGUUUCUGAGUGCUCUGUGGAGUUGGAAACUAGAAAUGGAGUUCCUGAGAUCAAGGUGCAUUUGGCUAAAGUGGAGAAGGAUUGUAGGAUUUGUCACAUGGGUUUGGUGAGUGAUAGCCAUGAGUCUGGUGCCCCCAUAGAAUUGGGUUGUUCCUGUAAGGAUGAUUUGGCUGCUGCUCACAAGCACUGUGCUGAGGCCUGGUUCAAGAUUAAGGGUAAUAGGACCUGUGAAAUUUGUCACUCUAUUGCUCGGAAUGUUUAUGGAGCAAACGAGGAUUCGACAGAGCAUGUUAUCGAUGGUAACAAUGGUACUACAGCAACAGCCACAUCGUCCACACCUGCUCCUUCUACAGAACCUCGAAGAUUUUGGCAUGGCCAUCGCUUCCUCAAUUUCUUGCUUGCUUGUAUGGUUUUUGCGUUUGUCAUAUCAUGGCUUUUCCACUUCAACGUGCCAUCAUCGUAGGGUUUCUUCAGGCAGUUUCAUUUACAAUUGGAAGCUGAGUAGGGGGAGCAAACAAGAGAGAUUAAGAGAAAAAAGAGAACAAAAACACGAAACCCUUCUCUAAAAUCAUGGAAAACACUUGCUUAGAGAAACAACACUUUCUACAAUUUGAGGCCUUGUUGGGUUUAUAAAGGUAGCUGCAGAACUUCCUUUCCAUGCAAAUAGACAUUUUCUGUUGUGCAUUCGUCAUAGGCUCUCUUGUUCUAUCUUCCAGAUUCAAUGUAAUUUCUGAACAAAUACUACAAUGUUUAUUCAAAUGUAUAUUACAUAUUUAUAUUGUAUUGUUACUUCAUUGUCAUUUUGUACGGGGUGAUUUCUCAGUUCACUUGUAACAUUCGGUGACAUUGCUUCUAUAGUAUAUCAUGCUAAAUUUAUACUCGUUUUCUAUUAAA